UGGCUGCAAAAUAUCCAACCCUAGGUGAUUCAUUUCCAUUAAAUUUGACUAAUUUAAAUGAAAAUGCAACAAACACGUUAGAAACAAAUGCAACUACUUUGAGUACAGUUUUGUGUGAGAAUAACACGCAACAGAUUACACAAAAUAUAACUGAAAACUUAUUAAAUAAUACACAGCAAUACACAACUCCUGAAAACCAGUUGCGUAUAAUUGAGAGAAAUUUUGCUAAUACAACUAAUUCGCCAGUUGACGAUUCUUUACAACAAAUAAUUUUAAUAUUAUAUGUCAUAGUAGCUUUAUUAAUUAUGAUAAUACUACUUAUAAGCGUUUAUCUUGUCUUUAAAUUAAGCAAAACAUAUAUGCAGAAGCGCUGUCAUAGAGUAGUUUACAGUGCACUUAAUCCAUGUUAUGUAGAUGGGAGCAAUUUUGGUAGAAGACAUAGAUCACCACACCGUGGUAACAGAAUAACACAUGGACCAACGACGAGGUCAUAUAGACGUACAGGUAGUACAUAUCCAUCACGUAAUCGUGUAGGUUCAACCGCAGGAGAUUCAAGAUUGCGAGAAACUUUAUUGCCGACUGUAUCCACUCAAAAUCAGGCAUAUGAAACUCCAAUUGAUGGUCGUCGUGGUAGUGAGAAUGAGGUAGAGCACAUAUAUGAAACCGUUGGUAGUGCUUCACCCACUAGCACCCAUGUAAGCAAUGUAAGCCAGUUGAGUAUAACAUCUUGCACAGGCACUUUGUGCAGUACAACUUAUGGACUAAGUGAAAUUUUUGGAACUGAUUCAAGCGAUACCUCUGAUGAUAGCGAUGGAAUAUUUGGAGAAGUUAGAAAAGUUGGAACAGAUGAUACAGAUGGAACAAAUGGAACAAAUGGAACAGAUGGAACAGAUGGAACUGAUGGAACGGAUGGACCCGAUGAAAACGAUGAACACAAUGAACCUGAUGUAGAAAAUGCAUAUCCUUACAAGUUUUCGGGUGGUUUGGGAACUAAUUUAGUAGGGUAUUUAUUGAACAAAUAAGCACAUCUGUAAAGUGUCUAUGAAGUGGAUAUGUUUUCAAAUACGAGUGAUUUUGAAGAAUAACAUAUUCACAUUUGGAUAUAUAUUAUAAAAUAAACCGUUUUUAUAUAUAUUAUAAAGUGUAUAAUAGUGAUAAUAUGACAUUAAAUAAAUGAUAACCUGAAUGAUAACAAAAAAGAAAAUAAUACUAAAAGUGAAUUAUAUGUAUCAAUAUGACUAAGGUUUUUAA